AUGGCCAGUAUAGAGGAACUGCUUGCUCAACAAGAGCACGUUAUGAACACUAUUCAUCGAGCAUUGCCUAAUCUAAAAAAAUUAGGUAAGGCCAAAUGGACGAUACCGGUUGUCCGCCAGCGCCUCGCCUCGCUCAAGGAAACAUUUACUAAAUGUCAAGAACUCGAUAUCAAGCUCAAUAUGAGUGCAAUAGAAGCGCAAAAAGCCAAUAGCAACUACUUUUCCUCCAAGCUCUUCUACCAAUGUGAGGACUAUUAUAAUGAAGCUGCCAACUUCACGGAAACGUUGGGGAUGAUCGAGACCUCUCAACCCUCCGUCAUUCAUAAAGUCUCACAGGACCCCCUUCCAGCGCUUGCCACGGAGAAUCCAGUUGGACUUCGAAAGUUACGAGACCUCACCAACUCAGCAAUUCAAGCACUCAAGAAUCUGGAACGCCCAGUCGAUUAUUGGGACGACAUGCUAGUCCUCCUCGUCUCCCAAAAUCUCGAUCGGAGCACGCGAAAGGCGUGGGAGCUUCGGCUCGGAGACUCAGUGGAGUAUCCCACUUACAACGAGCUCGAUAAGUUUCUCAAGGCACGCCUCCGAGCACUGGAUUCGAUGAAACCUACCGCUCAUCCUGUGACGUCACAUACAUUGGCGCAGCCUACCGCUUCUGUGCUCCUCGCCACGACGCACAUCCGUGAGCACACCACAGGGCCGAGCGACUACGAUCGAGCGUUACUGGAUCAAGGGUCCGCUGCAACUCUCCUAUCAAACCGAAUAGCACAAUUGCUCCGAGUCAACAGGAAUUCUUCGCCCCUUUGGAUCGCAGAGAUUGAUGGGACGCGAACAAAAACUCGCGGUACCACCACAAUCCAAUUCAGUCCUUGUGGAAAGAUGGAGCCGGCCUACACCACCACGGCACACAUUCUCUCGUCCUUGACGCAAUAUAGACCAGAUCACGUGCCAUGUUCGACGGAGUGGAGACAUAUUCGAGGGUUGCAGCUCGUUGAUCCUGACCCGUUCGGUUCCGACCUGAUUGAUCUGAUCAUCGGCGCUGAUCUUUACGGCCGAAUCUUCAGCGACGGACGACGAAUUGGAGGGGGCGAUGAACCGACAGCUCAGAACACGGUCUUCGGGUGGAUCCUUUCGGGACGGGUCUCUUCCGGGAAAGUCGAAUCGGUCAUUUCCACGUACCACACCACGCUCGAAACAAUUGGCCAGCGAUUACGACAAUUCUGGGAAAUGGAGGAGAUCCCAAUCACUCGUCAAUUCAGCCUGGACGAUAAGAAGUGCGAGGACCACUUUAAAACCACCUACACAAGGACGAGAGGAGGUCGCUACAUUGUGCGGCUUCCCUUCAAGUCCGCUGAACCGAUGGAACUUGGCAACUCUCGUUCAAUGGCGACAGCUAGUCUCUUGCGACUGGAACGCAGGCUAAGUUCAGACGUCGAGAAACAAACCGCCUAUACCGCCUUCAUGAAGGAAUAUGAAGACUUCGGGCACAUGACACGAAAAGAUCAGGAUGACGCUGCUUCCAUCGGUCAACGCUAUUACAUACCACAUCAUGCGGUCUUUCGGCAGAGCAGCGUCACUACCAAACUCCGUGUGGUAUUCAACGCAUCAGCCGUAAUCACCACCGGUCACUCGCUCAACCAAUUUCUAUCGGCCGGUCCCAAAUUGCAAACCGACCUGUUCGCGAUACUAUUAGCUUGGCGACAAUACCGAGUCGUCCUGACAGCGGAUAUUGAGAAAAUGUAUCGACAGAUCAGGAUGGACGACCGGGGCGUCGACUUUCAGCGGAUCCUUUGGAGACCAACCAUAGCCGAACUCAUUGCCGAGUAUCAGCUUCGCACCGUCACGUACGGGACCACCAGUGCUCUGUUCCUCGCGCUUCGCGAUCUUCAACAACUAACAGAGGAUGAAGGAGCUCGCUAUCCAUUAGCGGUCCCAGUGUUGCGCCAUAAUGCGUACAUAGACGAUUGUAUAUUCGGUGCGGACACACUAGAAUUAGCGGCAAAAAUCCGGGAUCAAUUAACGGCCUUGCUAAGCUGCGGAGGAUUCAUCUUAAGAAAAUGGGCGAGCAAUCGUCUUCAAUUAUUGGACGAAGUGGAUCCGGAGAACCACGGACUGGCAGGUGGAAAGGAUUUGCUUCCAGACGAUACCCUCUAUGUACUUGGAAUCUGUUGGCACCCCGGGCGGGACACCUUGCAGUUUAGGACGGCGCUUCCACAAGAGCCCGGAACCACUAAACACCAGAUUUCGAUCUUGUUCACAAUAUCAAGGUUCUAUGAUCCUCUGGGCUUAGCUACUCCAGUAUUGUUGAAAGCCAAAAUGCUUAUGCAACACCUCUGGGCACUCAGGUGCGGAUGGGACGAGACCAUUCCGGAGUCGGUUAAAACCGAAUGGGCCUGCAUACAUGCGGACCUGCCCGCCUUGGAAGAGUUGACAGUUCCUCGAUGGACUGGUUUCCAUCCGGGCCCACGCAGUUACGAGCUGCAUGCCUUCGCAGAUGCCUCCACGCGGGCUUACGCGGCGACUAUAUAUCUCCGCUUAAUUCCGCAAGUGGGUUCGUCGGCAGUCACGCUCCUGAUUGCAAAAUCCAGAGUUGCUCCGCUUAAAACGAUUAGUGUAUCCAGACUGGAACUAUGCGCCGCUGUUCUGUCAGCGAGGCUGCUUCGACUGGUGACGACAACUCUCAAACUCGAAGCCAGCCCGAUCUACUGUUGA